CCACUGCCCUCCCCCUCUCCUUGCACCUCGCGGCCUGCACCCCUCCCGUCCCUCCACUCUCCUUCGCAGCGACCAUGGGCGGCCUGUCGGUGAUCGCGCCCCCGGCGAGGGACACCGCCUCCCCGCAGCACCGCCGCGCGCGCCGCGCGUUCCUCGUCUCCAACUACCUCAUCCUGGGGUGCGCCUCCGGGUGCGGCUUCCUCACGCUGUCGCUCCGCCUCGUCCCCUCCGUCGACGGCUUCCUCCUCAUCCUCCUCCACGCGCUCACCGUGGCGGCCGCCGUCGCCGGCUGCGCCGUCAUCGCGGCGCCCGACCCGCCCCGGGGCCGCUGCUACACCGCCCACAUGUCCGCCACCGUCUUCGUCUCCAUCCUCCAGGGCGCCGCCGCCGUGCUCGCCUUCUCCCGCACCGCCGACUUCCUCUCCGACGGGCUCAAGUCGUACGUCCGCGAGGAGGACGGCGCCGUCAUCCUCCGCAUGGUCGGCGGCCUCGGCGUCGCAAUCUUCUGCCUCGAGUGGGUCGCGCUCGCGCUCGCCUUCGUCCUCAGGUACUACGCCUACGUCGACAGGGAGUGCGGCGGCAACCCGCUGCGCCGCAGCGCCAAGGUCGGCGGCGAGGACGGCGCGGGCACCUGGCCGUGGCCAUUCCAGGUCUGAAGCGUCGUGAAUCCGCCGCCUUCGCUUCCCGGUCGCAGGAAGAUGAACUGAGAACCGUGAGUUCUUGGGAUAGUGUCGAGUGUUGUUGUUCUACUGAUAGAACUACUAUGUGCGUGGGGAUGGGAUGAGACAUUGUUAUUCGUUCAUUGGUUGGUUUUAUGUGGUGUGCUCUGUAAUAUCAUCAUAUUGUCAUGUUGUAAUGCGACUACAUAUUAUGAACGUGAGAUUGCAGUCAAAUCAA